ACUAGAAAGUUAACUAAUAUCUUCAGGAAUCAACAAUACCUUGACAAUGGCGGCUGAGGCUCUCUGUUUCAUAUUGUUAGUCACAGGCGUUGUGAUAGCUACAGAAAGCGAUCGUAUCGUUGGAGGUCAGCCGGCGCCCAUAGAGAGGUAUCCCUCCAUCGUACAAGUAAAUGCUUUCAGCAGCGGCAUCUGGGGAGAGUGGUGUGCAGCCAACAUCCUCACCACCAGAUAUGUACUCUCCGCUGCACAUUGCUUCGACGGAAGUGGAUUCGAUCCAUCUAUGCGCCGAAUCAGGGCGGGAACAGCACAAAAGCACGUCGGUGGCAUGGUAGUAUAUGUAGAGAGAGUAUACAACCACCCUACUUUCGGUCAGCUGGCUUUAGACGGUGACAUCUCUGUGGUGCGGCUGCAGUCCGCUCUGAUCUACUCCCCUACAAUCCAGCAGGCUACUAUCGUCGCACAGGGAUCACAAAUACCAGAUAACAUGCCCGUCGUGUAUGCCGGAUGGGGCGCUAUAAGGCAAGGUGGACCAACUUCUGAUGUUCUGCUUGAUACAACUGUUUUUACUAUCAACCGAGAAUUGUGUGCUCAACGCUAUGACGAAAGUCCCUACCCAUUCGUCGUAACCGAGAACAUGAUUUGUGCUGGUAUUCUGGAUGUCGGUGGUCGCGACGCUUGCAAUGGAGACUCUGGUGGUCCGAUGUACUACGGGCACAUCCUUAUUGGUACUAUUUCCUUUGGUAUCGGAUGCGCCAACGAUACCUUCCCAGGAGUUGUCGCUGCAGUUGCAUCAUACACGGAUUGGAUUGUGGCGACAGCGAUUUAAAUCGUUAUGAAUUUUUGGUUAAAUAAAAGAUUGCACUUUAGAUUUUUUGGCCACCUGGAUCCAAUUAAA